CGCACGGCGGUGAGCGGCCCCGCACGGCGGUGAGCGGCCCCGCACGGCGGGGAAUGGCCCCGCACGGCGGUGAGCGGCCCCGCACGGCGAUCACUGCUGAGAAAAAUGACAGCUGGCUCUGUCUCAGCUCCUCAGAUCAUCCCACUUCGAAUCCCACCUCCAGGGAAAGCUCAACGGGAAAUAGACACAAAUACUCUCAUAGAAAUAAAAUCAGAUACACCUGGGGCCUGUAUUUAUUACACUCUAGAUGGAAGCAAACCAGAACUCAUCAGGAAACCUGGCUAUGGGCCAUAUAACACUUUGGAGUAUAAGGGUCCUAUCAUAUUACCCGAGGGGAAAAUAGUGCUCAAAGCCCUGGCAGUUACAAAGGACUACAGGGAGAGUUCAAUUGUGACAAAGGUGUUUGUGGUAGAGUACCAGCAACCAAACAUCCUUUUCCCUGUUGAAGAUGAUGACAAGAAUUUCCUAAAAGAUAUGGCCACACAGAAUAAGGAAGGUGGAACAUUUGCUACAAAACCUAAGAAGAAUCGACUGAAUGUGGAAAUCAAGCCUGCCUGGGAUGAAACAUCCCAGGACCUUCAAGACAGAAGGCCUUCUCACAGGUCCCCUCAAGGACCUCAGCUCCUUGCCAGUGGUUUGGGAGCCACAGAGCACAGAGAGGAAUCCACCUCAGCACAGCCAACGGAGUCAUUGCAGUUUGCAAGUUCCUCUGCAGUAACUAGCCAGAAAAGCUUAGCAAGCACACAGGUGUCAAGGAUCCAGAGCGAAACAGAUUUCCUUAAAUGUGCACAUUGUUCUGCCCCUCGCCUGUCUGAGCCCUUGGCUCACUUCUGCCAGAAAUGUGGAUCUCCUGUCCCCCCUGUGCCAGUCCGGCGCUUCCCAGCCCCCGAAGGAGCACAGAUGGCACCGUGCCUCGAAUGCAGACAUCUUGUGCCAAUGAAUACACCCACCUGCAUUAUCUGUGAGGCACCAAUAGCUCCACAGCUGCAGCCCCAAAACAACAUCUGCAUAAAGGGCAAAGUCAUUUGUCAGGUGUGUGGCACAGGAAAUCCUCUUCACCAUAAACACUGUGCAACUUGUGAGAGCAAGCUGCCCGAAGUACAGAUGCCUGUGUUUGGAGGAGGCUCCUGCCCAGCUCUGCAGGGCCAGCAAAGGGCUCAGUGCUCCAAGUGCCACGGCGUGAACCAGAGCGACGCGCGCUUCUGUGCCUGGUGUGGGGCCAAGCCUGGACCUCCUCCAUCCUACUUUUCUUGUUCCAAGUGUGGCACCAGCAACCAGCCCUAUGCUCGCUUCUGCGUGUUGUGUGGUGUCUACAUAGAGCCUCCGUGCAGACAGAGCUCUCCUGGCAGCCCCACGGCCCCUGGGGACUCCCUGGGAGCCUCUCAGGCAAAACUAUUACAGGCUCAGGUUGCCUGGCAAACUUGUCCUGUUUCCUUGCCCAAAUCGAGGGCAGGACUAACAGAAAGAGAAGAUAGAGGAACCCAAACCAUUGGACUUUUUUACCCAUCCAGCAAACUGUUGGAAAAGAAGGAGCUUGAGCUGAUUUCCCAAAAGGAAAAAGUGGAAAAGAUGAGUGAUCAUAAGCCUCUCCUGACAGCCAUUAGUCCUGGAAAAGGUUACUGGAGAAAACAGCUGGAUCAUGUUUGUGCUCAUGUACGAAGCUAUGCCCAGAACAACCUUGAAUUCAGAACACUGAUUGGAGAACCUCAAAUGGGAAAGAUCAAUUAUGCCACCAUCUCUGAAGAUGACUAUGAAGUCACUAUUACAUUGAAUUUUGCUGCUGUUAACAAGGAUAUUCAUCCUAACAGAGCAGUGAAGUUCAGCAAUGAUUACCUGAGUGCUGGAACAGAAGUCACAGAUGGGCAGGAUGGCAGUCAGACUAAUUUUGGCAGAGAUGAUCAUCUUUUCUAUUCAAGAGGCAAAAUAAAGAGAACCAAGUCAAGAACACUCACGGGACAGGAAUAUAAGCCCUCUCCAGAGUCCAGACAGCUGCUGGAUGAACUGGGUCCAACUGGGAAAGGAAGAAUCACCUUCAUAGAACAAUUGCUCAGUGAUGGAGCUGACCCCAAUUCCCUGAGCGAGGAGGAGCGCCCUGCCCUCACAGUUGCUGUCCUGAACAAGCACGCAGGAGCCAUCUCCCCUCUGGUGCAGAAAGGGGCAGACAUUGACCAGCAGUCAGGGCCGCACAACAACACAGCUCUCCAUGAGGCAGUUCUGCUGGGACUGGAGGGAGAGGAGUGCAUCCGAGCCCUGCUACGCUGCAAUGCAAGCGUGCAAAAGAGGAAUGCAGCAGGGCACUCGGCGCUGGAUCUGGCUGUUGCAGCUGGAGAUAAUAAGGUUAUUUCACUCUUCCAAGUAAGUCUGGACAGAGAACACUGAACAAACUUACGUGACACGGGAACAUUGUUCUCAUCAAUGUGUUAUCACAACAAACUUUCUCCCCAAAUAAAGCUGAAGGUUCUUUGA